UGUGUGCCGUUUGCCAUGAAUCUGGCCACCAAGCUGCGGAGGAAUCUGAGGAGACUGGUCAUCCUCCUCGCCACCUUCUGUAUGGUCAGCGUAUUAGUCUCCGCCUACUACCUUUACACAGGCUCCACCCAAGAACUGGACCUCGCGGACAGCGCCGUAGGUCUAGACUGUGCCGACCUCCGGGUGCUCCCUUUCCGACAGUCAGAGCCUCGGACGCCUAAACCGAUCGAUCCGUCACGUAAGGAUCCGGUGGUGUUGGUGUUUAUAGAGAGCCAGUAUUCUCAGCUGGGACAGGACAUCAUCGCCAUUUUAGAAUCCAACCAAUUCCGUUACCACACCGAAAUUGCGCCGGGAAAAGGAGACAUCCCGCCUCUAACGCACAAAGGUCGUGGACGCUAUGCACUGGUCAUCUACGAGAACCUUCUCAAGUAUGUUGGGAUGGACGCAUGGAACCGUGACCUGCUGGAUAAAUACUGUGCCGAAUACAGUGUUGGCGUCAUUGCCUUUCACCGUGCAAGUGAAAACUCCCAGCCUGCACUGCAGCUGAGGGGUUUCCCUUUGACAUUGCGAACAAAUGUUGCACUUCGAGACUGCUGCGUAAACCCCCGCUCACCUCUGCUUUACAUAACACGGGCGGAAGUGGAUCGAGGCCAUUUACCAGGAGAGGACUGGACUGUGUUUCAGUUCAACCAUUCCACGUAUGAACCAGUCCUGUUGGCAAAAACUCAGCCCAGUGAGAGUGGGGCAGUCCAGGUGAUCCCAGGUCCCCAGGGUCUCCAUGCUACCGUCGUGCAGGACUUGGGCCUGUAUGAUGGGGUGCAGCGUGUGCUAUUUGGACAUGGGCUGAGCUACUGGUUACACAGACUUAUACUAGUGGAUGCCAUCGCUUAUCUCACAGGCAAGAAGCUGUCACGAUCUCUGGAACGCUACAUCCUGGCUCUUCUGGAAACACAGAACAUGUUGAGGUCGUACAUCUCUAACUUCACCUUUAACCUGGGAUUUUCUGGGAAAUUCUUCCAUACAGGUACGCAGGAGGAAGAUGAUGGAGAUGAUCUGUUGUUGAAAUAUGUCGAUGAGUUCUGGUGGUUUCCUCAUAUGUGGAGUCAUAUGCAGCCUCAUCUCUUCCACAAUGAAUCCUCUCUGAUGGAACAAAUGAUCCUGAACAAAGACUUUGCUUUGGAGCAUGGUAUUCCAGUAGAUCUGGGAUAUGCUGUGGCGCCUCAUCAUUCUGGUGUAUAUCCAGUCCAUAUUCAGCUGUAUGAGGCUUGGAAGAAAGCAUGGGGGAUACGAGUGACCAGUACUGAGGAAUACCCACACCUCAAACCUGCACGCCACCGCAAGGGAUUCAUUCAUAACGACAUCAUGGUGCUGCCCCGUCAGACAUGCGGCUUAUUCACACACACCAUCUUCUAUAAAGAGUAUCCAGGAGGCCCUAAAGAACUGGACAAAAGCAUACGAGGAGGAGAGCUGUUUCUGACCGUCCUACUCAACCCUAUCAGUAUAUUUAUGACUCAUCUUUCCAACUACGGGAACGACCGCUUGGGAUUGUAUACGUUCACUAAUCUGGCUAACUUCCUGAAAUGCUGGACCAACCUGAGGCUGCACACCCUUCCUCCCCUGCAGCUCGCGCACAAGUACUUCACACUCUUCUCAGAGCAGAGAAACCCGCUAUGGCAGAACCCAUGUGAUGAUAAACGGCAUAAGGACAUCUGGUCCAAAGAGAAGACCUGCGACAGGCUGCCCAAGUUCAUGGUGGUCGGGCCUCAGAAAACAGGCACGACGGCGCUCUACCUCUUCCUGAUCAUGCAUCCCUUCAUCUCCAGCAACUUUCCCAGUGUGAAAACAUUCGAGGAAGUUCAGUUUUUCAACACCAACAACUACCACAAAGGCAUCGACUGGUACAUGGAGUUCUUUCCUGUACCCUCUAAUGUCAGCACAGAUUUCCUGUUUGAGAAGAGCGCAAAUUACUUUCCUUCUGAGGAGACGCCCAAACGAGCCGCCGCUCUCUUGCCUAAAGCCAAAAUCCUUACUCUGCUGAUCAACCCUUCAGACAGGGCAUACAGCUGGUACCAGCAUCAGAGGGCUCAUGAAGACCCGGCAGCAUUGCAGUUCAGUUUCUAUGAGGUGAUUUCAGCAGACCAGCUCGCUCCACCUGAGUUACGCUCUCUCCAGAACCGCUGUCUCGUACCUGGACUCUACGCCACACACCUGGAGAGAUGGCUCACAUACUACCCUCCAAACCAGCUAAUGAUUAUUGAUGGACAGCAGCUGAGGAAUGACCCAGCUAAAGUGAUGGACGAGCUUCAGAAAUUUCUGGGUGUCACUCCCUAUUACAACUACUCCCAGGCACUCACGUUUGAUCCUCAGAAGGGCUUUUGGUGUCAGCUGUUGGAAGGGGGCAGGACUAAGUGUUUGGGGAAGAGCAAGGGCCGCAAAUACCCGCCCAUGGUCUCUGAGUCACGAGUGUUUCUCUCCAGAUUCUACAGGGAUCAGAACAUUGAAUUAUCUAAGCUGCUGCACAGACUGGGUCAGCCGCUACCAGCCUGGCUCAGAGAGGAACUACAGAGGGUCAGGUAGCCCUAACCAAACCACCGCUCCUCUGGGUCAAAGAUCCGGAUUCAGCCCUCAAUGGAAACUAGACACUUGAACAGUACUCAAUGCCACCUACCUGCAAGCUUGCGGAGCAAAGGUCAAAAAUUCAGCUCACCAAUCAUUGGUGCCUCUGGAAAUCCAAACAAAGCAGUAUGAUGUGCCCAUGGCAACAUGACAAGGUCAGAUUUUUUCGGUGAGAUACGGUGAUGUAACUGUGACCCUUGAACUUCAGAUGCAGCUAACGAAAGACUGCAUAAAAACUGUAACUGAAAAAAACGUAAACGUCCACAGACUUCCUACUAUAUAUACUGUACGUUCCCCAAUCAGACACUGGAUAUAAAGGUACGGCUUUAGAUUUUAUACGUCAUCAUCGAGAGAUUUAGAACUGCACAACCACUGUUCAUAACCUCAUUCUUGCAAAUAUAUCAGUCAAUCAAUCUAUCAGCCAAUCGAAGUGAAGAUGCAAAAUGUUAAGAAUCAAUAUGGAGAAAUAAAGAGCACAGUCAAGUUUUCUGCAUCAGCUUUAAACCGGUCAAUGGAGUGAUGUCAUUGUGAUGUCAAUGUUUCAGUCCACGUCCCAAUUACUGUUGUUCUAGACACAAUGGCCUGAAGAGCAGAAAUCAUUUCAGUUUGUAUGUGUGUGUGUGUGUGUGUGUGUGUAAGGGUAAAUACACAGAAGCCCUUGUGUGUGUGUGUGUGUGUGUGUCUAGGCAUAUGUAUGUAGCCAGGUAGCCUUAGCCCUGCCCACUGGACUGCAACUGGUUGGCUGAUA